AUGCACGAUUACGAAGGUGGUCUCUUCGGAUGUUUCAAGGAUGUUGUUGGUUGCUUCUACUCAGCAUUCUGCCCAAUGUGCGCAAAUGGUGAAAACUGGGCUAAGGUUCGUGAUGAAGAAUGCAACUGGUGCCAUGUUUGCAUGGUUGUCCACCCAUAUUGGGUUCGCAAGUCCGUUCUCAAAAAGAGAGGUGACAGCAGUGAUGAUCUUCCAGACUGCCUCAUUACUACAUUCUGCGCUUCUUGCGUUAUUUGCCAGGAUCGCCGUGAACUUAUUUCCAGCUAA